GUGCCAAAGUUUUAUACUUAUAUCAAUACUAAUAUAUUUUCUGUUAGUAAAUAUGGUGUGCAAAAUGUGGCUUAUCUAUUGGCUAAAACACUAAGCACACUUUCAGUCAAAUAGGGUCAUAGGUUCUGCAUGUCACUCAACUUACCGAAUAAAUAAAUGGGUGGUACAGUCUGCUCUUACACACACAAUAAAUAUCUGUGGCUUUUAGCCCUGGUACAUGAUACAUCUGUUCUGGCUAUUUUAAGUUAAAACACACACGCUAUGUGUUCUAUCCUUGACUGUCUCUCUCUUGGAAGCAGCAUUGUGAACUAGUGUCAAAUGUUUUCUUUAGGACACAUGGCAAUAGGCCCUGUGGGUGGAUGGAUGUUUAUGUCAAGAUGUAUAAAAAAAGGGAAGAUUGUGGUGGAAAUGCGUGAAAUACAACACACUAUUCAAUGUAGACUAGACACUCCUCUCAUUGAGUGUUACACAUUUGGCUAUAAUGAGAAGAAUAGUAUUGUGGGGAUGUGUGAUACAGAUGGCAAUGUGCGCCAACAAAAUGUUAUAUUCUCGCAUGUUUCCCACAGUUCAAUUCACAGCACUAACAACAAAAUGCGAUAUUUAAGUGUUGGUUUGUAGGGAUUUGA